GUCAACCUGGGAGCGCGCGCGGUCGUCCCGCAUUCUCUCGGUAGCCGCUGUCAGCAGUGGAAGUGUCAGAAGCGAGUACUCGCGCGGUCGCGUACUUGCGCGAAUCGAAUAUCAAUCGAAAGUGUGUUGCAGCAGUAACAACAGCAUUUUCUCCCGUGUUCAACUAGUGCUGAAUACGAGGAAGAAAUACAAGCAAAAAAAAUCGUGAUCAAGCAAAAAGUGCUACAGUGUGCUCCAAUUUAAACCCCGGAGAGGGAUUCGACGACACGCCGCCGCCGUCUCCGUAGACGGUAACGUCACGCAGUGUCUCGUCUGACCUCAAGUGGUGAAUUUGUCAAGACCAAAAUAGAACCGACCGACCGGCGAUUGAAAUAUAGAUAUUCGCCCAGGACGGCCCAGUAACCCCGAACAGCUGCUGUCCCCCGUAAAGAUCGUACGACGGCGGUGAGAACGACUGGCGGAUAGGUUGCUGGCAGAAACCUCAUCAGCCGCCAAGAUGAGUCGCACCGACAGCAACUGGAAUGUCAAAACUCUUCUCCCGCACCUUUUCAGAAUCUACAUCGUGACAUGGAACGUGAGCACAAAAUUCCCCGACAACAUCUCGCUGAACAAACUGCUCGGCCUGGAAGCGUCCGCCCAGUCGGACGCGGACCUGCCCGACUUUUUCGUCGUUGGUCUCCAGGAGGUGAACGCCCAGCCCCAGAACACGCUGUACAACCUGUUUAAGGACGACCUUUGGACGCAAAAGUUCAAGGAUCUGCUCAAGGAUCGGGACUACGUGGUGAUCAAAACGGAACAGAUGCAGGGUCUGCUGCUGUCGGUGUUUGCCCGGCGGAAACAUUUGCUGCAUCUGCGGCAGGUGGAGACCGAGUUCACCCGAACGGGGCUGGGAGGCAUUUGGGGCAACAAGGGUGCCGUCAGUAUUCGGCUCAACGUGUACGGCUGUUCGAUCUGCCUGGUCAACGCGCAUUUGGCCGCGCACGACCACAUGCUGGAGGAGCGCAUCAACGACUACGAGAAGAUCGUCCAGGAGCACAAGUUCCACGUCAAAGCCAAGGAAGCUAUCUUCGACCAUGAUUACGUGUUCUGGUUCGGCGAUCUGAACUUCCGGUUGACGGGCGAGGCGACGACCUCAGCAGAGGAAAUCCGCGCCAUGGUCGCGCGGGACGAGCUCAAGAAGCUGAUCGAGAAGGACCAACUGCUGCUGGUUCGGCGGGAGGGCCGGGCGUUCCAGAAGCUGCAGGAACGACUACCGCAGUUUCCUCCGACGUUCAAGUUUGAGCACGGCAGCAGUGAAUACGACAUGAAGCGACGACCCGCGUGGACCGAUCGGAUACUGUACGCCGUCCGAGAGAACACCUACCAGAACGUCAAGCUGACGGUCGAGCAGACCUCGUACAAGAGUCACCCCAGCUACAACAUCAGUGACCACAAGCCGGUGUCGAGUGAAUUCACCAUCAAGUGCAACUCCAUAACAAGGGAAGACACUAUUCGGCCCCGCUCACUCAAGGAGCGUGUCAAAAAGAAGUCCUCCCUGUUGAAAACGGUCAUCCGGAAGAGUCGUCGGGUGAUGCGCAAGCCCCAGUACAGUGGUGAGCGGUUCCGGGAGCAUCACUACCAGCGGCUCAGCUACCGGCUGGCCAUCGCCAACGGUACCGAGUCCGUGGCCCAGUUGCACUCAUUCGAUGACCUCGUUUCCGAUUUCAUUGACGGCGGUGGUGGCGGCGCAAAAUCGGCGCAGAUCUACGAGGACACAACCGAGCGGACCGUGGUGUUCAAGCCGAUCGAGCUGUGGCUGGUGGGCGAGCAGAACCGCAUCGAGUACACCAUUCCGGCCGGGUUCGAGGAGGGCACCGCGGACUGGAUCGGCAUUUAUCGGGAGGACUUUACCAGCCUGAACGAGUACCUGGCGUACGAGUACACCGAGUCGUGCAAGGAGCACAAGCAGCACCAGAUGAACGAGCAGCAGACCCAAUACCUGAAGAACGCCCGCACGAUGGAGCUGACCUUUUCGGAGAACGUGAACGUCCCGCUCGGCGUGCGCUACCAGCUGCUGUACUUCCAGAGCACGGGCUCGCGGGGCGUAACCGGCCUCGUCGGCAUCAGCAACACCUUCGCCGUGGAGAAGCGCUGCCCGUCGCCUUCGUUUGACGACAUUGAUUGACUGAAGGUGCACCAGCAGCAGGAUCAACGGCGACGGGCCAGCUGCUCCAGCGUUACCGAUUCCCCCGGAAGAUCACAUUACUGAGGGCUGAUAGUGACCAUCCUUUUUGUUUCGUUGCUAGAAUUAGGGCCCACUUCUCGCCUGGGGGCGCACCCGAGUGUGAUAAAUGAUAGUCACUAAAGUUAGAGUUGCUGAAGAGAAAAAUCCCGUUUUAUAGAGCAAAACACGCAGUUGUUACUUGAGAAAUGGUCUUUUUACUGAUACAGUUUCCAAUUCAAAGAGCUAGAACCGCAGAAAAUUACAAUUAAAAUGUAAGGUUUGUGCAAUCGCUACAAUUGCCACUUUCACAGUGAGCUAUAAAACAUUGCAGUACAGUAAGCUACAAACAGCGCCACUAUUCCGUUCCGUGUGCUGUUUGGUGUUUGAAAGCCAAUUUGUGACCAAAAAUGUGAAACUUUACUGUACCAACUUGAUUCAGAAAAUUCUAAACUGUAGAAUAGUGCACGUCCUGUUGCCAAAAUUUGGCAAUUCGGUCAAGGGGUUUAGAAAAAAAAAACUAGUUUAAGGUCGUCUAGGACGAUACAUUAGAUGUUCGCAAUAGUUUUCUUCUUGAAUAAGAUUUAAGUGUACAAUUUGUUGAUUUCCCACCCGUUUCUCUCCCUUAAAAGAUGUAUUUUUGAAAAAUGAAAUAAAAUGUUUAUUUUUUGUUGAA